GGAUACUGGGAAAGUCGGCCACUUCUACGCAAUCAUUCAAACAUCCAUUCAUCAACCCACCAACCUCCCUUCUCUACCGUCUCUCGUCUUUCCAAUCUAACCUCUGUCCUCCCGAUUGUAACAAUUCCUGUCAUUGCUAUUCCUCUUUUGCCCUCAGGAUGUCUCGCAGAUACGAUUCAAGAACCACAAUCUUCUCUCCUGAAGGCCGAUUAUAUCAAGUCGAAUAUGCCCUCGAAGCCAUUUCCCAUGCCGGUACAGCACUUGGCAUUUUGGCCCAGGAUGGGAUCGUUCUCGCUGCUGAGCGCAAAGUAACAAGCAAGCUUCUGGAACAAGACACAUCGGCCGAGAAGCUGUAUAUUUUGAACGAUAACAUGAUCUGCGCAGUUGCUGGGAUGACUGCAGAUGCCAAUAUCCUAAUCAACUAUGCCCGACAAGCCGCCCAACGAUACCUUUUGACAUACAACGAAGACAUUCCAUGCGAACAGCUGGUGCGGCGCCUGUGUGACCUCAAGCAAGGUUAUACCCAGCACGGUGGUCUUCGUCCCUUUGGUGUUUCCUUCAUCUAUGCAGGGUGGGACCCCCAGCGCCAAUUCCAAUUGUAUCAGAGUAACCCUAGCGGCAACUAUGGUGGAUGGAAGGCUACCAGCGUCGGUGCCAACAAUGCCAGUGCUCAGAGUCUACUGAAACAAGACUACAAGGAAGAAUGCGACUUGAAAGAGGCUUGUGGCAUGGCAGUGAAGGUUCUAAGCAAGACAAUGGAUUCGACAAAGUUGAGCAGCGAGAAGAUCGAGUUUGCCACCGUUGGAAAGACGAAAGAUGGCAAGAUUUACCACCACCUGUGGUCGGGCGAUGAGAUCGAUGCGUUGUUGAAGGAACACGGGCUAGCCAAAGAAGAGGAGGCCGAUAGUGGAUGAACACCAUGUCUUGUCCAAAGCCAAUCGCGGAAAAAUUAGAUGUGCCCAAGGCAUAGCACUGGCGUUCGGGCAUGUGUAAGGUACGGAAGAGGGAGUCUAUUCCACAAUCACGGGUACUCGAGCUUCUCACUCACAACGCCAUCGUCAUGGCUGUACUUAAGCGAGAGUGAAGAUCGGUCGUCCAUGCAAAGGUGUCGGGAUCAGGCCUAAUGGAUCGCUUCCAUCCAUCUUCUGCAAUCAUACGGGCAUUCUUGACAAUCUGGAUACGUUCAGGCGAGACAUGCCGCGGGUCAGUCUGAUCAGUCUGAUCAGUCUGGGAGAUGUUAGUUAUGCCGUUGCACCCAGGCUUCCAUGUCCUCUUAGAUCCAGUCCUAAGAACCCUGCAAUAUCGCCUUAGAUAUCAACAAAGAUAGGCAAGGCUGUAGGAUUGUGUAAUUGUCUUGUUGAUGUUCCACAAGGCUGGUAAUGUGCGCUUUAGUCUUAAUGCUUCG